UGGUAACAUUAAACGAACUUAUCAUUGGGCUGCGGCCAUCUUGGGAAACGCGUUCAAGUGAAUUAAUCGAAUAUAGCGACACCACUACACAUGUUAUCGAUCUAUUAAGACAAGUCAAAUGGCAAGUCUAACUGGGCGUAAAAGAAAGUAACCGGUAAGUGGCUCUCCCGCGUCUACUUCCGCGCCAAACUCUACAAUUAACAUGCAUCAUUGGAGCAUGGCACACGCCUACAGGUGACCGAAAGUCCCUUCAUAUUUACAUACAUCGCCGCUGACACUGUCUUUUAGGAGGUUCUAGAUUCGUAAAAGAUGAAUCUUAAAGUGUCAGUCGACUGACCUCAAGCAUCUAUGAACUCGCCCAGCACAUCUACACGGAGAAAAGAGCCGACACGAUCAGGAAGUCCGAUGUGCCCCCUGAAGAUUUUUCCGUAUCUUCUGCUUGUCUCCGCCUUACACUUUUGGGACCAAGGGGCUGAGGCGUCGACACUGCAUAAAAGACUUAGUGGUUUGGUGGAAUCCAUGACAAAGUCUGCAAGUUUAGGCGGACAGCAGGUUCUUAACUGCCACGUUUCCUUACCGGUAGGGAAAAAGAAGCCCCACGUGAUCCAGUGGAAUAAGGCCGGUCUUGAUCAGCCAGUCUACAUGCGUUACGACAAUUACCCACCACAGAUUAACGGCCGCUUUGAAGGUCGGCUCAAGAUAAUCCAUGGUAUGUCAUUAGAAAUAAGUCACAUCCGAACACAGGACGAAGGCUGGUACGAAUGUAAAGUAAUAUUCCUGGACAUUGAAAAAUUCACGGGAAACGGCACGUGGGUUUACCUCAAAGUAAACAUUCCGCCUCGUAUUGUAGCAUGUUCACCAAAAUCUUUACAUCACCGACAAGGAGAAUCAGUGGAGCUAUUUUGUAAUGCAUCAGGAUCACCAGAACCAGCUCUCAUAUGGAACAAGGACGGUAAGCCUCUCCAGGCUUCAUCUCGAAUCCAGAUUGAUGGUUAUAAAGUGAUCAUUAGAAAUGUGCAGCGCAGUGAUGCUGGUGUUUAUAUGGGAACAUUUACCAAUAGUGUAGGAUCAGUUUCACAGUUAAUUAACUUAGUUGUUGAAGGUGCAGCAUACAUACUAAUACCACCUGAAAAUAUGACAGCCAUUGAGGGACAACGAAUAAAAUUUCAGUGUGGUGCUAUGGCAUAUCCAAAUAAUAUCACUUACAACUGGUUCAAAGACUCUGAAAACAUCAAAUUUCUACCUGAUUAUGGUAAACGUGUAAAUGCUUUCAAGGAUGGAAGUCUUGUCAUUACUUCAGUUGUAAAAAACGACAUGGGCUGGUAUACAUGCCAUCCGACAAACGGAAUUGGAGAAGACCCAAAAGCAUCAGCUUAUCUGAACGUCACAUAUCUGCCUAAGAUGCUGAAAAUGCUCCACCGCAUCUACUGGGCUCUCGGACAUCAGCAGUCCUUGGUCUGCAACGUCGACGCCAACCCUCCCAUCAUCAAAACACAGUGGACCAAAAAUGGUCGCACACUGCAGUUUAACUCCGACAGACUCCAACUGCUGGCCAAUGGGACUGUGGUCGUUUCCCGCGUACAGAACUCGGAUGCUGGCAGCUACAGCUGUCAAGCAAGUAGCUCUUUAGGCCGAGGGCCUUCUUCGCUGCUUGUUCAGGUUAUUGUCAGAGAUCCACCAUACUUCACAAUCCGUCCAAAGCCGAUAUACCAGUCGGUGGCAGGCAACUCAAUAACUAUACCAUGUGAUGCUGAAGGAACACCAAAACCAGAAAUCACAUGGCGGAAGGUUGAUGGUGAAAUUGAUUGGGAAAGUCGAGCUUCUCAAAAUAAAGGGAACCUGACCAUCUAUCUUCUUGAAAAAGCAGACCAUGGCGAUUAUGAAUGUGUAGCAACAAACCAAAUCACUAGUAUUGUUAUUGGUACAAAACUGCUCAUUGAAACUCCCAAGACAGAGACAACUCCACAUGCUCCAUACAAUGUUACAGUAACGACCAGUUUAUUUACAGCUAAAGUGCAAUGGAUGCCAGCCUAUAAUGGAGGCCUAGAGCAGAAUUAUGUGAUUUGGUUUCGAAACACAGAUGCCUUAGAAUCCAAUUGGCAGACAAUCCGAGUGCCCCCUGGUGACAAAACAUCAUUUAUUGUCUACAGUUUAGAAGCUGACACACUUUAUGAGUUCAUGGUUUUGUCUCGUAAUAUUAUGGGCAAUGGCUUGUACAGUGACCGAGUACUAGCAAGAACACUUGGUACCUCCUCCAAUGUUACCUUGGUGUUUGUUGGUUAUCAUAGUGAUCUGCCGACCAGUUUACCAACAAAACCUAAUGGAGCAACAUAUAUUCCACCAGUAGUAAGACCCAUUGGUCCAAGACCAAAGGCUCCUUUGAAUGUUACUAUUAAGGUACACCGUGGGGCCGUCAAUGUUACUUGGUUUGCCCCCCAGAACUCCAACGUUUCUAUUUUCUACUACGUUGUUGAAUACUGUAACGAUUCAGUGUGGCAUCGAGUUGACGAGGUGGUUCUCACACCAAAAUCCUGGUAUAUGAUGCGGGAUUUAAAACCGGGAACCUACAAAUUUAGAGUGUUUUCCUUCAGUCUCCUAUCGUACAGUCAACCACAAGAAUCAGAACAGGUUGUUGUACCUGAAGGGAUAGCGGUUUCUACUACUGCCACUAGUAUCCCUGACACUAAGAGCCCUGAUAAUGACAAUGAUGGUACCGAUGAUUCUGAUAAUAGCCUUUCAGCAUUACCAGUGCCAGCCAUUGGUGGCAUUGUUGGUGGCUUGGCUUUCCUACUUAUUGCUGUCAUUCUCGCCAUUAUAGCUGUCAUCAUAAGCAAGAGAAAACAGAAAAAGAAAGCCAAAAAAUAUGGAAAUGUGAAAUACUUUGAGCCGGACCAAGUAGACUCUUCUAGGAAUGAAACUUCGUCAGAAUGGAAUUAUGGGGACCAAGAUGGAAGAAGAAACAUUGUGAAAGCUGUCAACCCUAUGGGUAUGCUAAACCAAACUUUUGUGAUGUCCUGCCACUCCCCUUCGGACAUAUUAAAAUGCAAUCCCGUUGCCCAACCACUGCCUUCCAAACGACAUUUGCCACCAUCAUCAUUGCGACCUUAUAUUUUUCAGGACCAACAGAAGUCUGUUCAGCGCAGUGCCCUUCCAAAAAGUACAUCCCUCAACAAUGGGGCCAAAACCCAACAACAGGACACAAAACUUGCUAAUGUAAGACCUCCCAACAAACUGGUUCAGCAAUGUCCAGACACAGACAUUGUAACAUCACUAAGACAACAACAGUUAUCCUCUCCUGGUCCUAUGUCCCCCAUUGGGCACGGGAUUGCCUGUACAAGUGUUCACCGCAGUAAUGUUUAUAACCCUGUUUCACCCUGUUUGCUACAGUCGCACUCCCCUGUUAAUUUGCAUAUUACAAGAGCACAAAUUCAUAGGCCAAAUGGUGUCAGUGUUCCAGACAAUACACAGAAGUAUAAACAUGCUUCUAGCAUAGUUGUUUCUACUACUACUCUCACUCUGGACUCUGGACAUUCUCCUGGCACUAAUACUCUUAGAAAUCAUAUGACGUCACCAGUUUGGACUAGAACUUCACCUGGUAUGUCUGCUGCCCCUGCUGCUGCUGCUGCUAUUUACCAUCAUGCUCAACAUCUCAAGUCAUCUUCAUCUAUAGCAUCUCUUAAGUCAUGUUAUGCUCAUAGCUCUAUAUUCUCACCUAACUCACAACAUCACUCUAUGAACAAAACCUACUUGACAAGUAGCCCUGAUGAUGCUAACAGUCUUCGCCCAUUCCAGAUAAGCGAUAUCAGUUCUGUACAGCCUUCAUCAUUUUCAGAGCGGUCACGUGACCAAGAUCUGCCACAGUCACUAUUCAGUAGCCCUCAAGGAAGCUUUCUUCCUUCCAGCCUUUCUGAAAAUGAGCCAGUCUAUUUGAAAAGACAUUUGAAAGAAAACCAACAGCUCACUUAUUCUGGUACAGUGCCAUUUAAAACUCGAAGCAUUCACCCCCAGCAACGAAAUUCUUCAGCUUAUUUUCAUACUGGCCAAGGGCCUAAUUACUACCAGCCUCAACCUCAGCCUCAGUUUCACCUUGAUAAUGUAAGAAAAAAUUUUUCUAACCCUCACCAACUCCAGACGCAAGCAGCAGCUGUUGCAACACACAACCACAAUUUCGUGCCCCAUGUAAGCUAUACACAUUCACACUCACUUUACAACAAUUCAGAAGGUGGAGAGUGCAAGGACAACAACAACCAGUUAUUUGGAUAUUCAAAUAAUUGUCAAGAGAUGGUUAAAUGUGGUCAACUGGCCCCUAAACAUCAGCUGAACUCCAACUGUACUCUUGCUGUCAACCAACCUCAUCAGAUGUCACCAAUACCAUCACAGACUAACUCUACUUUUAGACAAAAAGAAUUUGACCCCUAUAACUGCAUUGAAAACAUACCCCACACAAAUAGCACAUACCCUGCUAAGGAUCAGCCAAGUGACUAUUCUACGACCAUGCCAUGCUAUAGGAAUAAAACUCCAAACAUCGACACUGUACUUAGUCAUCAUUUUGAUGGUGGAGUCCCAGAAGAGAUUCGAACUAGUAUGAGUAGCUCAGGUCGGGGAAGUAUAUUUGGCAGGGUUAACUACCCCGAUGGCAUCAGCCGUACUAGUAGUAAAAUGGAUACAUUUCCAGACUCCUAUAGCAGUGGACUUGGUAGUCACCACAGUGGUCCAUCGUCUUCGUUUUACACUCACACGAGGGCUGCAGCACCCAUGGACAGUACUUCAGCGAGUUCUCUUACUUCCCCUCAAGACUAUGAUGUCAGUUUGGACUCUUCCCUGAUUAUAGAUGCUUCUAAUUCCAACCGACGGGACUUCUCAGGAGAUGAACACUACGAUUUUGACUCAACAUUAAUAUCUCACAAUGCUCCAGGUAUUGUUGAGUGUAAACUGGAUGAAAGACACUCAACACGCCGAGAGCCUUCCACCCGGAGCACAGCUUCACCACCAGAAAUUUUGUUAAAUGCUAAUGAUUUGUAUAAAAGUCUCUACCCAAAGCCACGUAAGCCGAGUCGCUAUAGCAACUCUGAAAAACGUUUUGAACGGCUGCGCGAAGAAUACUAUGAAUAUCGACGCAAGCAACUUACUCAUUUGCAGCAGCAAUAUUUUAAAUCAAUGGACAGUGAAAUGUUGUAAUAAUAAUAACAGCAAUUAUUGAAAAGAAAAAAGAAAAAAACAGAACCUAAACUAAAGAAUAAGCAUUUUGAAAGUAAAUGCAUAAUUUUGGGUGAAUUGAAAGUGAAUUGGAAAAUAUGAAGAUUUUUGAAAUUUUUUUUUCUUUGUGUGUGUGAAGGAAAGAAAGUAUUUAGAAUUCAAGAAUGAAACAAUAAAAGAAGGAAGCAAAACAACGUAAAGUUUUCAUAUAUAAUUUUGCAGGUGCUGUCAUGAGUUUCAGUAUCUUAGGAGUAAAUUUACCUGGCACCUAUUCUGUGAUGGUCAGGUUGUAAAUCUUUAAAGAAGGUAACUUAAGUUUUUUUUUUUUUUAGAUAUUCGCACAGGGAACAUAAAGCAAAUAGGUAACUAAAUUUCAGUGUCACUUUUUGUUAUGUAUGUUUUCUAAAUUUGCCGUCAUGUGUAAGGAAGAUUUUUAAAAGUCAUAAUUUUCUUUUCUUUUGUAAAUUUAAUCCCAUCCAAUCUUGACUCAUUCUUUUCAUCUUCAUGAAAAUAUUUGAGUGUGUGCUUGUCUUUGUGUUUUUAUGUCACACACAAACAUAUAUAGUUUUGUGUGAACUCAUGCCUCUAACUAAAUGUGUGUCCAACUAUACGUAAAAGUACAGCUAUACUGUGCAUAUUGGAUCAUUUUUUUCAAACACAUGCAUAUAUAUCUGUACAAAAAUAAUCUUUGAUGAGGAGGAGAGAGAAUAUUAUUUCUACGUUUAAUUUUUAUUUAAAUUUUUUUAAAUAUAUAAAACUAAGAAGGAAAAGAUUAUAGAAAAUACAAAAGAGAAUAUAUCAAACCACUUUUUAUAUAGUUUAUAUAAUUUUGUGCAUAAUAAUAUUGUAUAAUCUUAAGGCUAAUCAAUUGUGAUAAUAAUUAACAAUGAUAGUAAUAUUUGUUAUUUGUUAUUACCUUGGUUAUCACGUGUAUCAUUCUGUUGAUUGUUAUUAUAAAGUGCUGUGGAAUGGUAGAAUCAUUUGAGUAUAGUGCAAAAUACAUUAUGGUAUUUGUUCUGUCUCUUUACUUGAUGUUCAAAUCUCACCAUGGUCAACUUUACCUUUCUUCCUUUCAGGGUUGAUAAAAUAAAGUAUCAGUCAAUUACUGGGAACAAUGGCAUUGUCUGACUCCUCCCCUUAAAAUUGCUGGCCUUGUGCCUGAAUCCAUUUGGCGGUUGAUAAAAUAAAGAACCAGUCAAGUAUUUUGGGUCAGUGGUAUCAGCUAAUUCCCUCCCCUAAAAAAUAAUAAUAAUAAUAGUUGAGUACAAAACUAAAUGCCUCACAGUAUUUCAUAUUGCUUUCCCCACUCUGGAAUAAAUAAAAUAAGUACCUGAAUCAUACUAGAAUCAAUACAAUUAAGUAUGCCUCUUAUUUAAAAGUCUCUGAACUUAUGGCAAUGUGAGACAUCACGGCAGAAAUGAUAGUGCCAUUAACUAAAUAUCUUGAAGCAUUUAGUUAGUUCCUUUACAUUUUAAUAUGAAAGUUAAUCAUGCCUUUCAUCUCUCUGGGAUCAUUGAAGAAAAUUAUAUACUCUAAAAUUUGUAGCCAAAGUUAGAAACUAAAGUGGUCAGCAGAAAUAUCAAUGUGUCAGGUCAAUUCCUUGUGGUCUAUAAUUAUGUCUUUUUUGUCCUGAUUCAAAUCCCACCAGCGUUGAUGAAAUAAGUCUUAGUCAUAUACAGAGAUAAACUCAGUUGGAUACCUUCCCCUGCAGAUUUGUAGUCUUGUGCCAAUGUAGAAAAUCAAUAUCAUCAUCAUCUGUAUCAUCUUCAUCAUCAUCAUCAUCAUCUUUAUCAUCUUCAUCAUAGGGUUGUAGCAGGGUGUUGGAUGGCAGAAUUGCUAGAAUGGUGGACAAAAUAUUCUUCAGUCAAGUCGUGUUAUGGUUGACUUAACCUUUCAUCAUUCUGGUGGUUUAUAAAAUAAGUAUAAAUUAAGUAAAACUGUAGUUUUGUACUUAUGUUGGAAAUCAUUAUUAUUAUGCUGUGAAUUGGCUGAAACAGUAGUAAUUCAGAUUUAUAUGUUUUACUUAUUUACAAUUUUAUUUUAAUUUUGAUUUCCAUUUUUCCUCAUUUGAUAAAAUAUUUACUGGAUUUGGGAAACUAAAUGAAAUAUAUAAAAAUUAAAAUAUAUACCAGGCAUAUACUAUUUAAUUUGAUAUGUCCCUCACCUAAAAGUCUGUGACCUUGUUCCAAAAUCAGAAAUUAUUACUGUGUGUGUGUGUUAGGGCAGUGAGUCAGAAGAAUCUUUAGAAUGCCAGUCAGAAAAAUGCUUUGUGGUAUUUGCUCUGGUUAUUUAUAUUCUGAGUUGAAAUUCCACUGAGAUUAACUUUGCCUUUUAUUCCCCCUGAGAAUGAUGACAUAAUGUAGCUGUCAAGCACUGAGGUUGAUGUAAUCAGCUAGCCAUUCCCUCAAAAUUACUGGUAUUUACCUAAAUUAAAAUAGUUAUUGUCAUUGUAUGUGUGUGUGUGUGUGUGUGUUAGGACAGUGGAUUAACAGAAUUGUUAGAAUAUUAAAAAAAUGCCUUGCCAUAUUUUUUCCAGCUCUUUACAUUUUGAGUUCAAAUUCCACUGAGGUCAACUUUGUCUUUCACCCUUUCAGGACCAAUAUAAUUAAGUACUGAAUCACUGAUAUUGACCAAGCACUCCCACCCACACAUACACAUGCACACAUACAAAUUUCAUUCCUAAUGCCUCUGCUAGAAGCCGUCAUUAUUGUCAUUGUGGUGGGUAGUAACGUCUUAAUCAAUCAAAAUUAUAAUUCUGGUUUGAUUUCCAGUUGAAACAUUUUCACUUUAUAUAGGGGUCUAUUUUCCUUUAUUUGACUGUUCAUCCUCAUAAAUACUUCACAAUAUUUCACUCAUUAUUCUUAGCAAUUAAAUUUAGGUGAUAUUUCUGUGUUAGGCCAAGCAUUGAACCAAUAACUACUAUUAUUUGAAUACUGUGUCUGCUUUUCUGAUCAGAUACUGAGAAGCAAUUACGUUAUUUUAACCUUUCAGCAUUGAAAUUACUCUGUCAAAUGUAAUGCUUAUUUAUUCAUAUUGUUUUGAAUUAAUCAUGCAUUACCUUGUAGCUUCAAGAUUUCAAGGAUGUGACUGCAUAUUUUUAGACUGAUAUUGUAGUGUAGGUGAGAGGCUGUAUCUGGCCAUUUUGAACAUAAAACAGGUAAAAUAUUUUGGGCCUGUUAUGGCAUAGGUUUACUUUGAUUGCAUAGACUAGUGAUCCAAAGCAUUCCAACCACAAUCAUUCCAUGUUUUUGCUGAAACAGUAGGAUAUAUUCAGAGGAAUUUUGCUGCUAUUUUCAGCAGGUUCAAUGGCUCUCUUGUUGGUUCUCACAUUUUUGAUGAGUUGUUUAUAUUAAAGUUUGUUUUUGGACCAUUCCUCUCUUUUUGGAUGUUUAGCACCAUAGAUUGAGGACGUUUUUCAUUCCAAUCAUUCAUCCCUUUGAAGGGAUGUUUCUGAGCUAAGCUUAGUUAUUGAACCUAAUUUAGGAAUAUUCCUUGAAUGGCCAUUCAAGAUGUGGAAAAUAGUCUGAAAACAAACAUCAGUAUAGCAACUUAUUCAAAAAGAAAUUACUAAUACAGACAUCUUCAUUUAAGUCAAUAAUGUCCUUGUGAAAAUCAGACAUUUUUUUCAUCUCCAUUUACUAAAAUUUAGGGCUGAUACUUUUAAGCAAAAAUUACACUAUCAUUAUGAAUUUGUUUGAAAAUCUAAUACAGCUUUCAGUUUAGAAAAAUACUAGAGUCAGUUAAAUCUAUUGAACCCAAUCGCUUUCAAAACCUGUUCUUUUGUACAAUAUUAAAAGUCUUUAGGGUAGUGAAGUUGAAAUACUUAUGUGUCAUAUGUGUGAUGUUUUAUAGUUAAGUAAGCUUGGUGUUUUACCAUCAAUUCCCAUUCAGAUACACUUUGUCUUUCAUGUCUUCAGGAGCCUUGAUAAAAGUAUUAGUUAUAAACUGAAACUGAUUCCGCUGUUAACAUCUUUCUUUCUAUAAUUAAACAAUGAUGUCUUUGUAGUCAGAAGAAAUCAUCAACAUCAUCAGCGCCAUUAUCAUUGUCAUCCAUAUCAUCCUUAUCAUCAUCACUGCUGUCAAUACACACAAUUAUUCCAUAUGAAAUGUUCACUGAUAAAGUAAUCACUGGAGGUGCUAGAUUUUAGUCCUGUCGGGUUGUGAGUGUGUAUUGUAUCACAAGUUACAUGUAUGUAUACAUACAUGUGUGUGUGUGUUUAUAUAUAUGGUCACAUGCAUGCUGUUUUCUUUUACAACACAGUUUACUUGACUUGAUUCAGCCAACUUAUGCUGAUUGAUUAAACAAGAAAUCAUUUAUCUUAUGAAAGUUAACUUGUGAUAGACUGUCAUACUAUCAGGGAGGUAAGAUUUAAUCUUUCUCCCACUUUACUCUUUUAAAUCUGCAGAUAACAGUGAAGCUUUAUGAAAAAAAAAAUCAAAUUUCUAUAAUUUUCAAUUAAAAAAAAUAAAUGACUUUCUUAUGAAUGUUUUCUAUUAGUUCAGUACAUUAUAAUUGCCAGAACAAUGUUUUGGUGAUUUAGUGUUACAGCAAUUAAAGAAACAACUUUAGGUCAUUGAUGCAUUCAUUGCAAUGACUAGAGAAAAGUAUUGUACAAGUAAAUAUCCACAUUCAGUAUGUGUGUGCAUACUUAAAAGUAACAGUACAGAGCGAUGACAAUUAAAAAGAACUUAUAGAUCAUUUUUAUUUACACAUUAUAUUAUUUGCUCAGGUAGUAUUUAUGCUGCUUGUACUACCUGUAUAUGUGGUUACAGGUAGAUACUGUUAAUAUUUGCAUACUCUAGUACUGAUCCAAGAUGUAU